AUGUACGGGUCACAGAACUAUCAGCAGCCUCAGUGGCAGCAGCAGCCGCCUCUCCCUCCUCCUCCGCCUCUUCCGCCAGCCGGCGAUAACUCAAACAAAUGGCAUGGAGGUGAUCAAUCACAGAAUGUGCAGCCUCAAUCAACCCCACAGCAUCAGCCAAGUGUUCAUGACCAGCACAACGUACCACCUCCGUUACCGCCGCGUCCAUCCAGCGCUUUCGAGUUCUCCCAGAACCCUCCCCAACAGCCUCAACAGCAGCCUCAAUGGCAACAGCCCAUCCAAACCAGUCAGGCAUAUUAUCCUCCUAAUCAUGGAAUGACCGCCCCUGAAUAUCCGCCAGUUCAGCCACCACCUCCUCCACAGUCAUGGCAGCAGCCACCGCCGCCUGCCGAUCACAGCUACGUUGCAAACCAAAACGCUCCACCACAACCACCACCGUUACCAUCGGCAUAUCAAGCGGAGAUUCAACGUCCAGCUUCUGAGUGGCCAACUGCCCCAGUAUAUUCGCAGCAUCCCCCAACCCACCAAUAUGACCCGGCUCCCCAGCAGCAACCGCCGCAGCAGCAGCAACAGCAACCACAUCAAGCACCAUAUCAAUAUGAUCAACAUCAGUAUCAACAGCAACAGCAGCCGCCGCCGCAACAGACACCGUAUCAACAUGAUCAGCAUCAACAUCAGCAACAGCAACAGCAACAGCAACAGCAACAGCAGCAACCGUACCAAUUUCCACCUCCGGAACCACAGCAGCAUCAGCAACAGCCGCAACAGCAACAGCAACAGCAGCAAGUUGUGUCACCCCCCGCACCCUCUACGACCCAAAAUGCCGAUAACUCGGGAAACAACAGUUACUUCCAACAUCCAGCAGGAGAGGCACGGAAUCAUCUUCACAGUCCUCCUCCUGAUGGUAAUUUGCAACAGCCACUUCCCCCUGCAACACAACCGCCGGAAGCUCAGACUCCUGCAGCUUCGCUUGCCCCUGCUAUUUCUCCACUUGCUGCACCGGCUUCGGUUGCUACCAGCACCCCUCCCCCUGCUACUACAGCAGCAGCACCAGCUAAUGUGGUCUCCACAGCGAGCACUGGUGCAUCAGCCCUUGGGUUUGGAGGCCCUUCUGAUUGGGAACACUUCAACUCCACGGGAGAGGAGAUAGAUGAUACAGCCGAAUUCGGCGCUAGGACUCAAUCCCCCGCCAAUAAAACGAAUACAUUCGAGCUACCAUCGGACCCGUCUCCCCAGAUUCCAGUGGCUAGUUCCCAGGCAGCUUCACAGCAACCGGCAAGUGUAGCGUCAGGCCAAGUAUCACCUGAGCAACCUUCGAGGUCUGGCUCACAUGUAAUAUCCCCAGUCGAUGCAUUAAACCGACCACCUUACAAUCAAAGUAGCAAUAUAUCUGGGCGCCUCAAUAGUGUUAGCUCUAUCGGGUCAAGCACACCUGUUGAUUCCCAAGCUAUUGAUGGCGUCAUUGAAGCAUGGUCACAGCCAGUCACAUCCGGUAGCCAGAUAUCUAGCUACUCAGACUCCAAGCCGCAUCAACGUUCUAACACAGUCUCAACAUUCGAUUACCCACGAGUGUCUACCCCAAUCUCUCACAUUCAUGCCUCUCCUCAGCAAAGCCCUAUGCGCUCAGCCUCAAGGGCUGAUCUUCGGCCAAUACAGUCAAUUGUAACCAUUUCUGACCCAUAUGAAGAUCUCGAUCCAUGGUACAAAUCCUCUUUGACACGAUAUGUUACAAUGCUCCGUAAGGAGAUGGCAACAGAGUCCGAGGAGGAAAAGUAUAAGCUUUUCUCGGCCUUUAUGCACAAAGAGUCAAAACUACGCGCGAUCAUGUAUAACGUGGAAAACUUCCUAGAGCAACAGCCUGCAGCGAAGCCGGAGCCUGCGCCAGUGCCAGUGCCGACCCCUGCACCUACCUCAGACUCAACGACGAAAGACAUACCAGCGCCAUCCCAGGAGGUACCCUCGAAGAUAUCCAUUCCUGAUCCUCCAACUCCUAGUGAGCAGGACGAUGUAGUGUCUUAUAGCCCUGGUGGACUGCCACGGCUCGCAUCAGCGCUCACCAACCAGAAGAGAAAUAAUUCUGGCUCGGAUGGGUUACAUCGGUCUGCUUCUAACCCAACACGAUCACAUCCGACAGCAGGUGCCGCAGGCAAUCAAAUAUCCAGCGCAAAUUUGGGCAUCUCUGCUCAUGGAAAUCCAUCUAGGUCGGUUUCUGUUCCUCCAGAGUCUGCCGUAAGACCAACUCCAAACAACCCUCCGUUCACGGUUGAACCACCAAAUGCAGUCUAUACACCAUUCCGCUACAAUGAGGGCUCCCGGAAACCAUCCCAACCCACAGCGCCAACUCGUCCAGCUUACCAAGGAUACUCAGCGCUGCGCCUAGCAUCAGUGGAAAGUGGCCGUGUGAUGGCUCAGCCGUCCUUACAAGCCCCACCAGCAUUCCCUUCAGAGCGGUCAGCAUCACGGGCUGAGCAUGAUGAAACAUUCUUAGGCCUGAUUAGGGAAAAGAGUGUGGCUUAUCGCAGCCACAGGCCGGGAACUAGCCUGUCAAACAGACCGGCUCUACCAAAGAAAGGCUCACCAUUCAUAACUUUCGAAGAGCUACAAGCUUUGGUUCCUGGCCCACCGCCCCGCCUAGAAAGUAGCUCGCGCGUCGCUAUUAUAGGUGAUGAAAUCGAGCAUUUCCCCCAAGACUUCACCUUUAUCGAAAAAACACAUGAAGCAUGGGAUAAUAGCGCUGCUGGCCGCCAAGCACAGGUGAAUGCUCAACGUCAAGCCCGCCAGGAAGAGUCAGAAACUCACAUCGACUCACUCUUCAAUGAUAAGGAGAUUGGCUACUCUGACAUCAACGUGCUAGAAGAUGAAUUUAAGCAGACUGAGGCUCAAAUACAGCUGAACGAAGAGCGAAAGGAGUUCGACAAGUAUGUGGAGAUCGUGUUUACUCGCGUCGACGAGCGACUCGCAUCGGAGAUCAAGCGCUUGCAACAUCUCUAUAACGAGACUAGCGAGCUUUUGCAGCCAGCGGGAGGGAAGCCAUCAGCAUUAGGGAAAUUUGAGCUCUCCCAUGCUAUGCGUAACGCUGUGGACAUUUUCCAAAAACUUGAGCUGCGACACGCUAAGCGUGUGGCUGCAGUCCUAGAGCGAGAACGGCGAAGGAAGAAGGCCGAGCGCCGUUACUACGUUUUCCUGGGUGAAACCGCGGCACUGAAGCAAAUGGAGAAGGAUUUCAACGCAUUGGAGCAGAAGACGCUCCUAGAUGCUGCCAAAGCUCGAGAUGAGCGAACGAAUAAGCUGAUGGACAUAUUCGACGACACCAGCAUGCCUAAAGUCGCAGACUCCAGUGCCGAUAUAUUCCGCCGCCUCGAAGAGGAGAAAAAGAAAGAGGAUAAGAAGAUUGAAGAUGAUUUGCAGUCGAGAAUGUCUAGUAUUCGAACUAGUCAUCGUGCUAUCAUUAUGAACAUCGAGGAGGUUCUUGAGUCUGUAGAGCAAGCUGUUACUUCUAGCGAUGGCGCUGGCGCCUCCUCAACGCCUCCUUCGGGCCCCAGCUCUCGGCCGCAAAUGACGUCGUCCCCCGCUGGUAUAGGCUCAUCUAACACUCCUCCUGGUUUGGGAGUUGGCGUACCAGCAGGCUCCACGACGAAUACAUUAAGCGCAGAGGAGCAGCAGCAAGAAAGGCUAAAGAAGGCAUUAGAAAAUGCAAAGAGGAGGAAUGCGGAGAAAGGUCAUGCCUGA